UACAGUUACAGUUACCCUCAGGUGGAGGCUCAGUAGCAAUGGCGCAGGAGUUGCGGGGACUCACUGAUGAACAGGCCUGGAGCGCCUGUUCCCAGCCGGACCCUGAAACCAAGGAUUUUAUAAUGCAACAGACCAUGUUGAGAGUGAAAGAUCCGAAAAAGUCUCUGGAUUUUUACACCAGGAUCAUUGGAAUGACACUUCUGCAGAAAUUCGACUUCCCUGCUAUGAAAUUUACACUUUACUUUUUGGGUUAUGAAGACAAAAAGGAAAUUCCAGCUGAUAAGAAUGAGCACACAGCCUGGACUUUCUCACGGAGAGCAACUAUUGAGCUGACACACAAUUGGGGUACUGAGAGUGAUGAACACCAGGCCUAUCACAAUGGGAACUCUGAUCCUAGAGGUUUUGGUCAUCUGGGUAUUGCUGUCCCUGAUGUUUAUGCUGCAUGCAAACGUUUUGAGGAGCUUGGAGUAAAAUUUGUGAAGAAGCCAGAUGAUGGUAAAAUGAAGGGACUUGCUUUUAUUCAGGACCCAGAUGGCUACUGGAUAGAAAUUCUCAGCCCAAAUCAAAUGCUCACCAUAGUUCCGUAGCUGAGGUGUAAGCAGUUACUCCUGUUUCUCACACUUUAAAUAUACAGACCACUCAUGGUACAACUCUCAAGUUUGAGCAAACAAAAGAUUCCUUUUAGUACCUGCAGUCCAACAUUAAAGUAUCGUUUGCCCUCUAAAUAUUUAAUUAGAUUUACACUUAGUGACGUUUGAAUAGUUAAUAAACAUUGUAUAGACUGGGAAUUUUCUUUUGGUUAUUUCUGGCAGUCACUGUUUACCUCAUGUACAAGAAAUGACACAUUAACUAAUCCUCCAAAGGAUUGCAGCUGGAAUAUUCCAUGUGUUAAGUCUAAGAACUGACCAUCUAUGAAAUGCUUCCUAGAUUGUUGCAUCUAACUUGCAUCCUCCCACUUGCAUCCUUGGGGAAAGAAAAAGUACACGCUGAAAUUUUUAUUGCAGAACCAAGUAUUUUGAUGGCUUGUUUUGAGACUGUAAACCCACAUGUCCAGUUUCUUAAAGAUAUUUAACAGCUGUUACUGUUAAACCCCCAAAAAGGGAUGGGGUGUAAAUCAACUCUAGAACAGAAUGUUACCGUGCAGUACAGGCUCUUUGGCCUUCGAUGGUUCUGCAGGUUGGUGCAACAAUCUGAAGCUCAUCUCACCCACACUAUAUUCCAUUCUCAUCAUAUGCCUAUCCAAUGACCAUUUAAAUGCCCUCCAAUUUGGUGAGUCUACUACUGUUGCAGACAGUGUAUUCCACACCCCCCCCCCCCCCCCCCCCCCACUUGAGUAAGGAAACUACCUCCGACAUCUGUCCGAUAUGUAUCACCCCUCAAUUCAAAGUUAUGUCCCUUCAUUUAAGUCAUUGCCAUCCAAGGAAAAAGCCCUCACUGUUCACCCUAUCUUACCCACUGAUUAUCUUUAUAUGUCUCAAUUAAGUCGCCUCUCAACCUUUUUUCUCUAAUGCAAACAGCCUCAAGUCCCUCAGCCUUUCCUCGUAAGACCUUUCCUCCAUACCAGGCAACAUUCUACUAAAUCUCCUCUGCACCCUUUCCAAAGCUUCCACAUCCUUCCUAUAAUGUAGUGAGACCAGAACUGUACACAAUAGGCCAAGUGUGGCUGUACCAGAGUUUUGGACAGCUGCAGCAUGAUUUCAUGGUUCUGAAACUCAAUCCCUCUACCAAUAAAAGCUAUAACACAGUAUGUCUUCUUGACAACCUGAUCAACCUGAGUGGCAACUUUCAGGGAUUUAUGUACAUGGACACAGAUCUCUCUGCUCAUCUACACUACCAAGAGUCUUUAUUAGCCCAGUUCUGUAUUCCUGUUACUCCUUCCAAAGUAAAUCACCUCCCUCUUUUCCAGAUUACACUACACUCCAUUUGCCACCCCUCAGCCCAGAUCUGCAGCUUAUCUAUGUCUCUAACCUACAACAUCCUUCGUCAUUAUCCACAACUCAACUGACCUUUGUGGAUGACACUUACUUACUAACCCAUGUUUCUAUGCCCUCAUCCAGGUCAUUUAUAAAAAUGACAGUGGACUGAAAACAGAUCCUUGCAGUAAUCCACAAAUAACUGCACUUCAGGAUGAAUGUCUCCAGUCAGCUACCGCCUUCCGUUGUCUUUCAUUUGGCCAAUUUCUGAUCCAAACAACUAAAUUCCAUGCCACUAUUUAUUGUGCAAUAGCCUAUCAAGGGGGUGGGUCUGUCUGUCCCCUCCACCCAGAUAACAUGUACCUCUCAGGCACCCUCAUGUAGCCAUCACAUCUCAUCCUAACAUGAGCCACAGCCUUCCUCUUCACAACAGUUUCAACAUUCUUAGUAAACCUUCGUUCCCUUGUUUGACCACUUCCUCCCUGCCUGACAGGUACGUACUUCUCCAAGGACACAUAGCUAUUCCUUAAAUACACUCCACAUUUCAACUGCCCAUCCGAUGCAUUCUAGAUCUUGCCUAACUACAUUAUCACUGUCUUUUCCCCCAGCUAAACUCUUGUCCUGUGGUAUAUCCAUCACUAAACAAAUGAAUUGUGAUCACCUACCUCCAUAUCUAACACCUGGCCAUGUCAUUACCCAGUACCAAAUCUAAUGUCAUCUCAGCCCUUGUUGGCUUGCCUACAUACUGUGUCAGGAAACACUCCUACACACUGGACAAAAACUGACUCCUCUAAAGUACUCUAACUAUAGUAUUGCCACUCAAUAUUGGGGAAGCUAAAGACCCCCAUCAUGACUACCCUGUUACUCUUGCUCCUUUCGAGGAUCAUCUUUGCUCUCCAAUCCUCCGCAUCUCUGGAACUAUUUGGAGUCCUAGAGAAAACUCCCAACAGAGUGACUUUUCCUUUCCUGUUGCUAGUCUCAGCCCAUACUACCUCAGUAGAUUAGUCAUCAGAUAUCCUUUCUGCAACAGUAAUACUAUUCUUGACUAAUAGUGCCGCACCACCCCCUAUUCUACCAUUUUUAUUUUGUUCUUACUGAAACAUCUAAAUCUUGGAAAUUCCAAUAACUGUUCCUGUCCCUCUACCUGGACCCAUCUCUGACACCUCCCUCCCCUUCCUGGACCCCUCCAUCUCUAUUAAUGACGACCAACUUGACACUGAUUUUAUUUUUACAAACCCACCGACUCCCACAGCUACCUGGAUUACACCUCUUCCCACCCUACCUCUUGUAAAAAUGCCAUCCCAUAUUCCCAAUUCCUCCACCUCCACUCCCAGGAGGUCCAGUUCCACCACAGAACACACCAGAUGGCCUCCUUCUUUAGAGACCGCAAUUUUCCCUUCCCACGUGGUUAAAGAUACCCUCCAACACAUCUCGUCCACAUCCCAUACCUCCACCCUCAGACCCCACCCCUCCAACCGUAACAAGGACAGAACGCCCCUGGUGCUCACCUCCCACCCUACCAACCUACGCAUAAACCAAAUCAUCCGCCGACAUUUCCGCCACCUCUUUAAAAAGACCCCACCACUAGGGAUAUAUUUCCCUCCCCACCCCUUUGUCUUCCGCAAAGACCGUUCCCUCCGUGACUACCUGGUCAGGUCCACGCCCCCCUACAACCCACCCUUCCAUCCUGGCACUUUCCCCUGCCACUGCAGGAACUGUAAAACCUGUGCCCACACCUCCUCCCUCACCUCUAUCCAGGGCCCAAAGGAGCCUUCCACAUCCAUCAAAGUUUUACCUGCACAUCCACUAAUAUCAUUUAUUGUAUCCGUCGCUCCCGAUGCAGUCUCCUCUACGUUGGGGAGACUGGGCGCCUCCUAGCAGAGUGCUUUAGGGAAUAUCUCCGAGACACCCGCACCAAUCAACCACACCGCCCCGUGGCCCAACAUUUCAACUCUCCCUCCCACUCAGCUGAGGACAUGGAGGUCCUAGGCCUCCUUCACCGCCACUCCCUCACCAGCAGACGUCUGGAGGAAGAACGCCUCAUCUUCCGCCUUGGAACACUUCAACCCCAGGGCAUCCGUGUGGACUUCAACAGUUUCCUCAUUUCCCCUUCCCCACCUCACCCUAGUUCCAAACUUCCAGCUCAGCACUGUCCGGACUGGUCCUACCUGCCACCUAUCCAUCCAUCCACCCACCCUCUCCUCCCUGACCUAUCACCUUCAUCCCCUCCCCCACUCACCCAUUGUACUCUAUGCUACUUUCUCCCCACCCCCCCACCCUCCUCUAGCUUAUCUCUGCACGCUUCAGGCUCUCUGCCUUUAUUCCUGAUGACGGGCUUUUGCCCGAAACAUCGAUGAUGCUGCCUGAACUGCUGUGCUCUUCCAGCACCACUAAUCCAGAAUCUGGUUUCCAGCAUCUGCAGUCAUUGUUUUUUACCUCCUCUACCCAUGUCUCUGAAAUGGACAGAACAUUGAAAUCCCAGGUACUAACCCAUGCACCUACUUUAUUAUGAAUGUUCCUGGCAUUGAAGUAGACACACUUCUUACUUGCCAGUGCCUUUGUACAGGCUUGACAUCUUAGUUCUGCUUCCACUACUCUCAACCUCCCAUAUACUCUAAGUAUAGUUGAAGUUUCUAAUCCCCUGCUGAAUGAGUUGAAACUAACCAUGAUGUGAAUUAGCAAAUUUCACCCCUACCCCAAACCCCUGGAUAUUAGGUGGUUCUGUUUGUCAAGGUCCCAACUACCCGAGAGAGCCACUACUGACUAAAAUGAUAAAGGUGUCUUGCACUGAAGGUAGCUCCCCCAUUCAACUACAAAAAUAAGUUAAAGUUGGGAAGUCUAAUCCCUAAUACACUUGCUCCGUUAUAGGUUAUCAUCUAUGACUGUCCAGUUAUCUUAUUAACCAUUUCUAGACUCUCUGCUUAUAAAAUGCUGCUGACAUUGUUGGUAUUUACCUUUUUUUGUUAUAAACUGAAUUUUGUGUUGAACAGCUUGAUGGAAAGUUGGCUUUGCUGCUUGAGCAGUCACAUGUGCAAGGUCACAGAUGAACUGACAUUGAACCUUAAUUCCUAAUAAUUGGCAUCAUGGCUAAGUUCCUUAAUGUAGAACCAUGACUGUAAUAAAUGACUUUUCUUUUGAAAUA